CAUGCUUUCAAUUCGAGUAUUGGGUGUGUUCGCCGUUAUUGUGGUCGCAUUAGUUUUAGUAGAGUCUGACGUUGAACAUUGUGAAGACGAUGUGAACGUUUGUGAUGGUGAACUUCCAGCCAAUGCGGUGUGUUCAGGAGAGAAUAAUAAAACUAAGCAAUGUCAGUGUAAAAAGGGAUAUGAAAUGAGUCUGGACAUCGAUUGUAAAUCGAGAGGCUCGGUAUUUUCCUGUCAGGAUAUAGAUGAAUGUGCAACCAAUAAUGGAUUGUGUGAAGAUAAGUGUCAAAAUGAACCUGGUAGUUAUAACUGUUCGUGUCCAGAGGGGUCUGAAUUACAGGAAAAUGGUUUGAAUUGUGGACCAGGUCCCUGUAUGUUCGAGAAGGUCACAGCAACUGGUUUAGCAAAAGGUUUCAACAGAAUCUAUAUUAGCAUUGAGAAUGAAACAGAGUGUGAGAAGAAAUGUAACACAACCGCUGAAUGUACAGAUUGGUUGCAUUUAGGUGGAUCCUGUCGAAAUUACGGUCUUCCAAUUAUUCAAAUCGAAUAUUUUCCUAACAAAGAUUUGGAUAAGUGCAAGAAACUUUGUGCGGAGAAUAAAAAAUGUGUAACUUUCUAUUAUAGUGCGAUUUGUACUCUGUUUGACACGAAACAAACGGAAUUUGAUGAUGAUGAUGAGUCAAGUGACAUUUUCCACAAGAUUGAUAUGAAUUGUAUUUAAAUUUGGAAAUAAAUAGUUCAUAUUAUU